UUCAAAGGAUAUGUGAUCGAGAUUGCUUUUGUCACCGAUGUUGAUACUACUAUAAAUGGGUGAGGUGAUGUUGUGUUUGUAACAUAGCGACUCCCCCUAUUUGUAUCUAUCUGUCCAUUUCUCUCUUCGACCUACCGGUGGCAAAUUACUUAAAAUCAGUAGAACCUUUCUUCUUCGGGUCAGCAGUGCCGUAAAUAUGUCGGUAACAGAGGUCUCACAAGGGCAACACGUUGCCGUCUUGGCUUUCCCCUAUGGUGGCCACGGUUUGACCAUGAUAAACCUCACUCGCCGAUUAGCUUCUGCGGCUCCGAAUAUUCAAUUUUCUUUCUUCAGCACAGCAAAAUCCAAUGCCCGUCUAUUUCCAGUUCGAAAAUCCAGCAUUAAAACCGGCAGCAUUAGACCCUUCAACGUGGACGAUGGUAUUCCACUAAAUCAUGUUGUAAAGGAAAGCUCACCGGAGGCGGUGGAGCUAUUCCUGAAGGCAGCUCCUGUAAGCUUCAAGAAAGCUAUGGACAGCGCCGCUUCGGAAACUGGAAGAGGAUUUAGCUGCCUGCUAACGGACGCGUUCUUGGCUCCGUUUGCGGAUGAAAUGGCUGCAGAGCUGCAGGUUCCUUGGAUCUCACUCAAUGGCGCCACGCCUUACGACCUCUCAGCCCAUGUCUACACCGAUCUAAUCCGCCAACGCUUCCCGAAUUCCAGCCGUAGUCAUGGAAACGAUGAGACAAUGAAACAUCAAAGACUGGAUUUUGUUCCAGGGUUGUCUCUGUUUCAGGUCAUGGAUUUACCCCAAGGAAUUCUGUCCACAGAUUCAUCAAAAGAAUCACUCCUUUCUUGGACGCUAAGUAAAACUAGAAACAUUUUGCCUAAGGCAACUGCAGUUGUCAUGAAGUUUUUCCAAGAGCUUUACCCUGUUCCACUCCUAAAUGAUCUCUACUCCCUGUUUCCGAAUUUACUCAACGUGGGGUUUUUAACCCUGGAAUUGCCACCCCCGCCGUUGCCACCGUCGAGUACGGAUGAAACCGGAUGUUUAUCCUGGUUAGACACUCGGAAUCCAAAGUCUGUGGUGUAUAUUGCGUUUGGGACUGUUGCAAAAUUACCCUCGUCCGAGAUAAUGGAAUUAGCAGCGGCAGUGGAGGAAUCUCAAAUUCCAUUCCUUUGGGUGCUUGACGAGAAUAGCAGGCAAUUUCUGCCAACUGGGUUUCUCGAAAAUGUUAGCUCGUAUGGAAAAUUUGUUUCGUGGGCACCGCAGACACAGGUCCUGGGGCAUCCUUCGACAGGGGUGUUUAUAACGCACAGCGGAGCAAAUUCGGUGUUUGAAAGCAUCGCAAAUGAAGUACCGAUGAUCUGCCGGCCAUUCUUCGGAGAUCACGCGCUGAACGGACGUCUGGUGGAGGAAGUUUGGGGCAUUGGUGUGAGAAUUGAGGGGCUGGUGUUGACGAAGAGUGGUGUUGUGAAGAGCUUGAAGCUGGUUUUGGGAGAUGAAGAGGGGAAGAAAAUGAGGGAGAAGCUCCAAGAAUUGAACAAGCUAGUUUUGAAGGCUGCAGGACCAAAUGGGAGUGCCGCCCAAGAUUUCAAAUCCUUGGUGGAACUAAUCUUAAAUCUUUGAAUUAUAUGUAUGCAUUUUCAUUUGUUUUAUGGAACUAGGUGUAUGCUAUAUAUAAGUUCUGAAAUAUGGAUUGCAUUCCAUAGAAGAUUUCCCGCAGCGCUGAGGGUAUCUUCGCCUCUAGCCGCGGCUAGAGAAAUUAAAACAAAAUUAAGUAUUAUGCGUUCUUGUAAAUAUAAGUAGUGUAUGUCU